AUGUAUCACACGCCUACGUUCUUUUUAUUCAUGUUCAGCACAACUGGUUCGUUGUCCAUGUUGUCAAAGGUUGCAUCCUCAGGCAAGGGUGCAAGGCUACUAACGGUGUUAGACUUGAGAGGAGCACAAUUGGAAACAUUCCCGCAUGAAGGUGUGGACCUCCUUAAUCUUACUUAUCUAAGUUUGAGGGCGACAAAUGUAAAAAUGAUCCCGAAAUCGAUCGGAAAACUCAAGAAGCUAGAAACGUUGGAUCUGAAACAAACGAAUGUCACCGAGUUGCCUGAUGAGAUCCUGAAGCUCAAACGUCUUCGCCAUCUCUUGUUGUAUCGUUACAACACCGACCUUUGUUAUAGUCCUUUUCACUGUACAAUUGGCUUCAAAGCCCCGGCUGGAAUAGGAAGUUUGUUGUACUUGCAGAAACUAUGUGCUAUUGAAGCAAACCGAGGGAGUAAUAGUGGCAUCGUGCUAAGAGAGGUGGGGAAGCUAACUCAAUUGAGGAGAUUGGUCAUUGUAAAGCUACAGAAGGAAGAUGGGACUGUGCUAUGUUCAUCCUUUGAGAGGCUAGACAACCUUCGCGCAUUGGAAGUUAUUGCACAAGAAGAAGAUGAGAUCAAACCCGAAUCUCUUGAACUGGUUUCUUCUCACGAUAAUGCUAUGUGGAUAGUUGAUUCUCUUGAUGGGACAAGAAGUUUUGUGCAUCGUAGCAGCAUACUUCUGAAAUCGGAAUGGAGUAUAUCACAAUCGAUCGAGCGAUUAGUUGUCCUUCCCUCUUUUUCACUGGAAUCCAUCGGAAAGAUGCUUUUCUGGAUGGAAACUCCAUUAAAGAGAAAUAUGGUCAUUGGCAAUGUUAGUAAAACAAAAGAACUCGGGUUCUUGGCCAUUACCACAAUGAUCAUAGAAGAUGGUGGUUACCCAAGCCAGUACUUAUCAGACCACUUCAUAGGCUUCCUAUUGACUUGGCAUGUCUUACAACUUAAUUGCCCAAGUGUUCUUAGAAAACUCGCCUUCCAAACAACAGGCGUUCAUGAGAUUUAUCUUUGA